AACAGCCAUAUAUUGUUGUACACAUCUACUUUAUAAACUUAGCUUGACAUUAAAUUAAAUAAGCAUCUAUAAAAGUUGAUGAAAAAAACAACAACAUGCAAACAGCGUAACAACUGUCGACACAUUUUGAUUCACACGUUAAUUAAUUCUGGCUAAUUGCAUUUCUCCAACUAAUCCCACUGAACCAGAAAAUAAAAAAACAGCAGGACCACAUUAGUAAGAAGCUCAUUGAGAAAAUGUAGGUUUUUGGGGCCUUUAAAGAUUUAUGUAGCAUUUACGGGGUUGCGGUCUUCAAUAUAUCGCUGACAUCAUAAUUAAUUUCACACUUGCAGUACGUUCACAAUGGAAAAGAUGAGUGAUUUUGCCAAAAUAUGGUGGGGAUGUGAAAUUCCACCAGAUGUUUAGCUGCAGUGGCAUCCGUCAUGCUCAGAGUCGGAUUGGUCAUUUUAAAGGUGCUAUAGAUGUAUGUCUUUGCUAUUGCUAAGUAGCAUUAACAACUGUUUACGUAAUAGUCUAGAAGAAACAUUGCGAGUUCAAACUUUAUUCUCUACUUGCCAAGAGCCGUCUCCAGCAGUGGAAAGCAAUGCUGAUGUUGACGCUUGUUUCGCUUCUAUUUCUGUCACUUUUUCUAUUGAAGUUAAUAUGCUAACCAACUAGCCCAGUCAGCCCGCGUCCGUGUAGCAUCCUGUUUGUCGCUCAGAAGGCGUAUUGUAACUUGAAAGACAACACGUUUAGUGACAGAGUAAACAUACAUCUAGCUCCUUUAAUGCCACUCUUAUUGUGUAUCUUUCCCUUUUAACCAGGCUUAGUGUACUUUAUAACGUGCAAACAUAAAAUAUAGUUAUGUUAGAAGUGACCUUUUCACAAUGUGGUUAGCGCAGAGGCCAGUCAUGUUUUUACAUGUUUUCCAGACUUUACAUUAUCUUUAAUGUCCGUAUAAUCUUUUACAUAAACAAUAUUUAUGUUUAUCUCAAUCCAGUUUUGUCUUAAUGAGAUUGUUGCAUCAGAUGUAAUUAACUAGAGUAUAAACAAGACUAAGAGUCUACAGCCAUGCUAGCAGCUCUGUAGCCUACUUAUGCAGUGCAGUACUUUGAGCUAAAUGCUAAUGCUAGCUGUUUCACAUGCAGUUGAAGUUAACAGGUAUGUUCACCAUGUUCACCUGCGAGUUAGCACGUUACAAAUCGCUAAAUAGCACUAAACACAAAGAAUAACUGAUGACGAUAGGAUAUUCGUUAGUUUAGCAAGUACGUCACCAUAAACCGAGGUACUGGAUAAGUUAAAAAUUAGAUUUUGAUGGUGACAACCCGCCUAGCCUUUCACUGAAAAACAUAAUCAGCUACUGUCUUGCAAAAUGACCGAACUAAAAACAACAGAGAUCAAGGCCUGUGAUCACAACUUUCAGCUCACUUUUCUUUUAAUUCAUUGUCACUCGACAAAAGUGAUCAUUCUGUAUCUGCAGGCUAACACACCUGAGGUUGUUGGUUGUAUCUGUUCUGGCUUUCUUGUUGCCAGCUCAAUUGGUUCCUCCAUUGUACAGAUCAUGGUGUUGGUAGAAAAUGGUUUGAACACAAAUUGUGGCAGCGCUGCACGGAAAUGUCGGCCGGUUAACAACACCUCUAUCUGUGGUUUCCUUCAAGACUUUUGGACAGUCAGCUAACUAAACUGCAUGUGAGAUAAAUCACACAUCAAGACCCCACGCAGUCAAGAAAUACUGAAAGCUCAGUUUAAGUAUCUAUAUAUUUCUCCCACAGCUGCAAGAUAAAAUCUAACACUUAAGAACACAGAUCAUCUCAGAGCUUGUGGUGAACCAUUUUGAGGAGGACCACCGUCUGUUCUAAACUUUGAAGGUUUUUAUCGCUCAUGGCGUCUGAGCAGAAGACAGACGGUGUUGUGGAGAGAAAAAUACAGCCAGAUGUAGGUUUUUAGAGAACAGACAGAGUCUUUUCAAUGUUCACACUGUGCACAGACCUGGGUUAACCACAUGCAGAGUUAUGGGGAGGGGAGGGUGAUGAAGGUGCAGCCAUCUUCACAUGAAAACUGAAAGUACAUUAAAUGCCAUCAUGGGCAGGAUGCAGAAGAAGGCAAACGUGGCAGAUGUAUAACAGUUACCUGACUUUUGAAAUACAAAAUAUUUCUGCGCAUUACACCAGGAAGCUUCUUGAGGAUCUGUGUCUGAGGAGCAUGUCUGCUUCCUAUUUUAGCAGCAUUGGUAUUUUGAACUCUUAAGCAACAUCUGUGAAGUGUGUAGAAAGGAAGAGCUCAAAACAGAAGAUUGCAACAUGUGGAGAAAUUUGCUAAUAGUGUAGAGAAGAGAGGGCACGUGAACUAACUGAACCAGCCUGACACAUGUAAGUAUUAACCAUUUUCAAACAUCUUUUUCUAAGAAUUCUACAAUUUCUUUGUCUGAUUAUUGAAAAUCUAAUAUGAAACAUUAUUUAUUCUACACUGUUGUCAGCUCUCAAUAUGUGAUUUACCCACUGAUCCGUUGUUUAUGUGCAUGCACAGUUAUACAUGCACAUAAACGUGUCCAAAUGCUUGUGUCCAGGGCAGUUCACAGUCAAGUUAAUGGGACGACAGCCAUCCCGUGGAGGAGCAGCAGGAAGAAGCUGUCGCUGCUGGAGCAGCUGAAGGGCUGUCAGCAGGCCUGGUGCCCUGGGGCUCCCUGGGAUAGAGAAGGGGCUCACGCUGCUAUCAGAGGAACACCUGCUGGGAGUUUCCUGGUUCUGCGGGACUCUGUGACGUCUCAGCCCAGCCUGCUGUGUGUGUCUGCUGGAGGAGAGAAUGGAGCUGUUCUUGAUUAUAAUAUCGGAAACAAAGGCACAGUGUUCCAGUUGAAUGAGUCUCGUCUUUCCUUCUCUGACUUGGCUCAGCUUGUGUUCUUCUACUCUCUGACCAGGGAUGUGUUAGCCGUUUGUCUGUCAAUCCCUCGCUGGAUCUACAGCGUAACCGACAAGAACAAAGAACGUCUGUCUCAACUUGAACCCGACACUUGGCUCUGCUCACCGCCUGAGCAGCAGACUGAUGAAAUGACCAACAGGGAGCCAAGCAACGUCAUGUGCUCCAUACAGCUAACUUCCACCAACGGGGCCCUGUGUAUCAUAAAUCCCCUCUACCUUCGUGAACACGGAGAUGAUUGGCUGACGCACAGGGCGAGUACUACACCGUGCUCCACGCAGCCUUCGAGUUACAGGCGAGAGCGACGCCUCAGCACCACUCGAACGUGGACGGGGGCAGGGUUACAAAGUAAACGGGCCAUCUCAUUGGACCAGGAGCCCUCUGCUGCCUUUAUGGAGAGUUCUGGUCUAACCAGAGCUAGGUCAGCCGAUUCACCACAUUGCCCCCCGGCCCCGUCAACGCCUGUGGCCCCAGCAGGAGUGGUCCUCAGGAGGCCCAGUCAAGAUUCUGCCAGCAGGCCUCCGCACAGAGCAAGUACGGGGAGCCUGCAGCCAUCUCCUCCCUCCACCCCCGGAAGUUUAAAUUGCGCAGCGUCCGAGCUGCAGUGCCAUGGCAGCCCCGUUCCUCAGUCUCCUCACAGGGUGUCCUGGAUUGAAGACGGAGUCUGGCUACCGCCACCCAGACCCUCCUCCUUGCUCCAGCCCCCGUCUCUCGAGCUUGACUCGCUGUCAAUCAGCAGCAUAGAGGAAGAGCAGGACUUCCAAAUGCCAAGCCCCACACCCCACCACCCGUCAGCACACCGCCUGGCUGACAAGGUCAUACAUCGGCUCUCGGCGGUGGGCCAGGCGCUCGGCGGGCUGGUAAGUCAGAAGAAAAGACUGACCAAUCGUGUGCAAGAGCUGAGCGAGCGGAGAGGUGGUGCGUUCGCAGAGGCUGUGAAAGGAUUCGUGGAGAUGACGCUGAAGAGGGGGGCUGAUCCCGACGGGGUCACAGGGUCAGAGUUCUUACAGGAAGUGAGGUCAACACUUACAUCACUGAGGGAGAUACUGUGGGACCUUCCAGAAAUCCAGGCGUUGUUGGACAGCAUUACAGAUCUAAGUGACCCAGCGAUAGACUCGUUGGUGGAGCUCUCCCUCCACAAGGUGGCUCUGAAGCCCGUCUCUGCCCACCUCUACUCCUGCAUCCGCACCUCCCGGACAAAUGAUGGCUGCUUCGAGCGCCUCCGGAGCAACCUGCGUGUGCUGGAGCAGAAUGGGGUGGAGGAGCUGGGCGGGUCAGCGGGAGUUGGAAUUCCCGACAGUGUCAGCCUGGAGCGGAUCCAGCAGAGGUGGACUGCAAUGAAUGACGCCUACUCCCCGAACAAGAAGGUGCAGAUCCUGCUCAAAGUCUGCAAGAGCAUCUAUCACAGCAUGACUGCUAAUGCUAGCUCAGGUACAGUAUUUGGAGCAGAUGAUUUUCUGCCCUGUCUGACAUGGGUGCUGCUCCGUAGCGAUGUUGUGACCUUACAGCAAGACACAGACUACAUGAUGGAGCUUCUGGACCCCACACAGCUACAGGGAGAGGGUGGCUACUACCUAACAACUCUAUACGCCGCUCUCUACUACAUCAGCAGUUUCCGUCCACGGCUUGCAGCCCGUCAGCUCAGCGUGGAAGCCCAACACUCUCUUAACCAAUGGCAUCGCAGGCGCACACUGCACUGCAACCAGUCUCGUCGCAGCGUGCAUCGACGGACCAUUCGCAGGCAGAUCUGUCGGGUGCAGAACUCCGAGACAGAGACUAAGAGUAAAGAGGAAAGUGGAAGAGAAAAUGCUGCUGAUGAGUCGCAGCUGCAGACGGAGAGCAGCGCAGAGGCUCUGCAGCCACUGAGAGAGGAGACAGGGAGAGGACAAGGAGACGAGGACCAAUCACAGACAUCUACUCCAGUAUUAGACUGUCACCAGCAAGAGGUAAUACAGGAAGACAGACAGGAAGACAGACAGACUCAAUGUAGAGCAGAAGAAGAGGACCGAAGAGAAUUGCAAUGAAUAGGGGAGGAAAUGGUCUGAGAUGAAAAACAUGUCCUGUCCUGCUCAAACUCCUCUUGUAAAGAGGUCAAAGAGAGCUUUUGAUUAGUGUUAUUAACACACUGCUGUCAGUAAAUUACUCCUGUCGCCUAAUUCAGGGUUUGCCAAGCUGGGAGUUCAUAAAUCUAAAGAUAAAUCUGAAGAGUCAAAAGACGGGUCAAAAGAGAGCGAUAUUUCUCUCAUGACCUUUCACAAAUUUUAGCUGUUUUCUUACAAAAUACUGAACACUUUUAUUUACCUCAGGGCCUAAAACCUUCAAAUUAAACAUUCAGGGAAGCAGAACUCACUAAACUGGCCUAAACUAAUCCAAAUUUAAUGUCAUAGUUGUAUUGUAAAGAAGAGAAUUGUUUACACAAAAAUUUAAAAUUUUUAAAAUUAAAAAUUUAAUUUAAUUUAAGCUGAUACUUGAGUUUUUUAUAUCUAAUAACUGAUUUCAACUCGUUAUAAUCUGCUAGUCAGCAGCAAUUAAUCCACAUUUUCCUCAGGAGUUUUAUCACACACAGUUAUUAUUUCAUUCAUAAAUUUGCUAAGGUGCCACAUAAAUUGGAAUUGUUUUGUGUGCUGUUUAAUUUAAAUUAAUGUCAUUGUAAUGUAUAAAUAUAUUAAUAUAAAAAUGAUCAUUUGCAAAGAGAGAAAAGUAAUAAAAUGAAACAUCUGUUUUUGUUGUA